AUGUACGAAGACUCUUGGUACAGCUUCGUCACCGACACGGCGCCCAAGAAGCCGGUGGCCAACGCCCAACCCCAGGGGCACCGGCGCAAGGAGUCGCUGCUGCAGCAGCCCAACGGCAUCGGCAAGGUCGACGACGCCCCCAAGCCGCUCGAGAACGUCUACGAAGAGCUCGAGGACAAGAACACCCCGCCCGAACCGACGCUGACGAGACGCGCUGCCUCGUACUCCGACUUCUACCAUGUCGUCAAGGCGCAGCUAGCCAAGGACCGACAGGCGCGCAAGCCUAAGAAAGGAAGCCGAAAGGACCGGUCGUGGGAAGCCUUGGCUGUGUCCCGCGAGGCUCCUGCGGCGGCUGCGGAAGAUCCUGUCGACGCAUUGGUGUGCGACGACUCGUAUGAGGCCCAGCUGCUCGAGGCAAGCCAGCAAGACUACGUGCUGUACAAAGACCAACUUGCGCUGACGGAGCGCCACCUCGACGCCCUCAUCGACGAUGCCAAUGGCACGCUGGCGCUCCUCACGUCCCUGUCCGACUCCUUCCAGGCCGUCGACGCCCAAACCUCGUCCUUCCAGGCCCAAUGCGAGGGCCUUCUCACCGAGCAGCGGCGGCUGGAGAAGCUCGCAGACGAGGUGGGCACAGACCUACACUACUACGCCUACCUGGACACGGCAACUCGGCGGCUCAACGCGCCGGGCGCCAGCCGUUUGGUGGACGACGCCAGCUUUGGCGAGAUGGUGGACAAUAUCGACUCGUGCAUACAGUUUAUGGACUCGCAUGAUACGUAUCGGGAGCGCGACUCGUAUCUCGCUCGGUACAGCGCGCUGCUCACCAAGGCCCUGCACCUGCUCGACCACGGCUUCACGGCUCGUCUAGAAAAGGUAUCGCCAGAGAUAUCGAGGCAGAUUGCCGCGACCAAGUCUGAUUCCACGCGACACGCAUUGGCGUAUGGCCGUUUCGAGGAGAUGAUUACAGACUCGUACUCGCUCCUGCCCAACAUUCAGCAAGUCGUUCACCGGGCGUACGAUCACUACGGCCAGCCCGUCGAGUCGACGUCCGACACGGGCGUGUACGCAAACACCGCGUCAAACAUGUUCCGAGCGUACCUGACCACCAGAGACCGCGACCUGAAGCUGAUGACGCAGCAUGAUCUGGAAGAAUACCAAAAGGAGACAAAGAGCUUGUCGGUGGUAACGGCAACCCGCAAUUUCGUCAAGCAGACGUUUGAAAAGGUCUACAACGAAGACGGCCUAUUUUCCAAGGUCUUUGACAUUGAGCCCAUGUGGCACAACUCCCCCGACUCGGCGUUCCAGGCGAUCAAGGCAAUCAACACGACAAUGGUGCACCCGGGGAACCUCGCACCGUUGGCCAGCAGCAUUCAAAGCUCGUUGCAGGCCGCGGAGCUCCAAGCGGUCUGCGACGUCGUCGGCUGGCUUGCCAACGAGUACUCGGUCGCAGAAAGCGAUGAGGAAGACUCGCCAUCGUCGAGGAAGCACAGGGAAUACGCUGCACGCCUCCUGGUAGAGAACCUUUGGCCGUUUACCGACAACGCCUUUACUGCGGAGAUUACAAAGUCAAUCUCUCGAGCGUCCGUCCCAGACAGCGCACUAAAGAUUGGUCCCGUCGAGAACGGCGUCGCGUCGUCGAACGCGUAUCCGCUAGUCAAACGAGCGGUGGAGCUGCUGGCCAUGUUUGACCAGGCGAUGCCCAAGGAGCGAUCGACCAAGAACAGCACCGUUGUAUUCAACAUUGUGAGGGAGACGAUCCAAGUGCUGCAGCGGGCUGAGAGCAGGAUCAAGUCACUCAAGUCUGGCACGGACGCCGACUUGUUCAUGGUCAAGAACCUCCUCAUCGUCAAGAACGAGCUCGUGUCUCUCGAGAUUGGGGACAUCCGGAACCACCCGGCGGCGAUGCAGCACUUUGGGCACAUAUGGGACACGCUCAGCCCGCAGCACCUGGUGGGCUUCGUCAGCAGCUUCAUCGGCUCCUCCCUCUGGUCGCGUAGCGCGCCGACCGUGACGGCCAAGACACUAACGGCCGAAGAUAUGAGCGAGCAGCUGGACGAGCUGCUCCGGCAGUCCAUCUACGCGUUUACGAAGCGCUGGGGCACGCUCAUCAAUGACUCACAGAACAGGAAGACCGGGGUCAAGCCCAUCGCCAAGGUCGAGGCGGAGCUCGAAAGCCUGCUGCAAAACGCUUUCAGCAACCAGCCGGAAGUGGUGGCGAAGCUCAAGGAGGCGAUCCAGCUCAACGUCCAGGCACAGAGCAAGGCGAUGGAUGAGAAGAUGGGGGCGAAGCGGUACUGA